AUGUGUUGCAAGGGUGAAAAGGUGACAAUUACACAGGUGUUUGCUCCUGACGAGUUGUUACAGUUAUUUUCAGACACUUCUACUGAAGGACGACAUUUUAGACAGCAUAUUAGAAGUUACAACCAUGUAAUGUCGUUUACUUCACUUGGUGUCCACGUCGACGAAAGUUUAGUUACAACUGGUCGUGGUAUUUACACAUUUCGUGCUCAAGGCACAAUUUUACACAAAAUAGGAGGUUUUCAUCCGAAUCAAGGUUCAAGGCCACGCUACUUGCAGCUAUACAUUUAUGAUACUGAUCAUGAGCUUCAAAAUAGGAUGAGGGAAAACCCAAUACUUAACCAAGCCAUAGUGUAUAAAUUACAAAAAAUACUCCAUCAAUGCAACCCGUUUGUCAUCAUGUUUAGGCAGCUUGCACUAGAGCCAAAUGUUGAAGAAUGUAGGUUACUCAUUAAAGAGUGUCCUUCAAAUCAGCCACAAUAUAGUCUCCCUUCAACUUCUCAAGUUGCAGCAAUUGUUAUUGGUGGUGGUGAUGAAGAUACAAUAGAACGUGGAAGAGAUAUAAAUGUCAUCAACUGUGAUGGAAAUCUAACAAAGGUUCAAGAAACAAUUGGGUAUUAUGAUCCUUUACAAUAUCCUAUAUUGUUUUCGUUCGGAAUAUACGGUUGGGACAUAGAAACAAAAAAUAAUGUUGGAAAAAAUGUUACAUGCCGAGAGUACUACAGUUAUGUGCUUCAGAUUCGAUAUAAUGAUCAAUUUGUAUUGUUAAAAUCGGGUCGACUUUUACAACAGUAUGUUGUAGACAAUUAUGUAAAGAUUGAAACAGGAAGGUUGAGAUGGAUUCGAAGAAAUCAAAAUAAUAUUCGGUCUGAGGUAUAUCAGGGGUUACAAGAUGCAUUGCACGAUGGGGAGAAUAACGCAUAUAAUGUUGGACAAAGGACAAUAUUACCAUCAUCAUUUAUUGGAAGUAAGCGAGACAUGACACAAAGAUAUCAAGAUGGUAUGGCUAUUGUUCUUAAUGAUGGUAAACCAGAUAUAUUCCUUACAAUGACAUGCAAUCCUUCCUGGAUGGAGAUAACUUCCGAAUUAGGAAUCCAUCAAACUCCACAAGAUCGACCUGAUUUGCUAACAAGAAUUUUUCGAUCAAAAUUUGAGCAGUUGAAGGAUGAUAUCAUUAAUAAAGGAGUCUUAGGGAGAGUUAGAAGUUAUAUGUAUGUAACGGAAUUUUAG